AUGUCAUAAUUAUUCCGAAUAUACAAAAAUAUUUUCCUAUUUGAUAUAACACCAUUACACCAUAAUUUCAUAUAAACAAAAUGCGUAGACGGUAACGCUAUUAACUUUUUUAUGUCAACUUUAUCAAAAUGGCUCUGUCAUUAAGAGUUUUAUGUAGAAAUCAUCAUUAUCUACAAAACAUAACCAAACCGGUAAAAUGGAAUAUCAUAAAACAUGUUCCGUUGAGAACAUUAGCUUGCAGUGUUUUUAGUCAACACAGUGUUGUGCAAAGGCCUGGUUUAGUGGAAAGAGAUUUGAAAAUACUAUGGCAACCAUUAAGAACAUGCUCAACACAGAGUAACAAAGAUGACGCAAAACCACCAGUAUCUCAAACAGAAAAAAGACCUGGCCUUAUACAACGAUUCAAGCAAAUGUAUAGAGAUUAUUGGUACGUCUUAGUACCCGUGCAUAUGGCCACAUCUGCAGUGUGGCUUGGUGGAUUUUACUAUGCUGUUAGAAGUGGUGUUGAUGUUAUUAGCUUGCUUGAAUCAUUGGGAAUCAGUGAAAAGCUUAUGGAACCAUUAAAGAAAUCAGAGGCUGGUUAUGUUGCUUUAACUUUCGCACUCUAUAAGGCUGCCACACCUCUCAGAUAUGCUGUAACUCUAGGUGGCACAACCUAUGCUAUAAAUAAACUAACGGCUAUAGGGUGGAUAAAACCAGUUCCAUCACGUGAGCGCAUCAAGGAGAUGUUGCAGGAAAGAAAAGAUAAUAUACAAGACAGAUUCAAUGAGAGCAAGCAACAUUAUCAAACACAAAUUAAAGAGAAACAAACACAGGUUAUUGACGAAAUGAGAAGAUAUAAAACUGAAAUGCGUAAUGUGAAAAAUAAAAUUAAGAAAAUGUAGCAAGUUUUUAUUUAAAAAUGAUUGUUUAUAGAAACCAUCUUCCAAUCAUAUGAGUGGCCUGGCCAAAAGUGUGUAAAUGAUUAGAGUAUUUAUUUAUAUUGAAAUAAAUUUAUAACAAUUA